AACAGUCUAGACGCCACCGCGCCCGCGUAAACGUGUCUACCUUGAGCUCGUUAUUUACAUUGUAGUUUAUAUUGGGAAGUGUUAUAAAUGUCCAAAUCUUCCGAAAAACUACUGGAAGGCAGAGGGCUGCAGAUCGUCAGCCCAAAGCCAGACCAUACGUUCGAGCUUGACGAGAGGAGCCUCGCCGAGCUACUGGACAGCCCUGACGUCAGGAACCGCUCCGUGGUCCUAGUGGCGGUCGCUGGCGCUUUCCGCAAAGGAAAGUCCUUCCUUCUAGACUUCUUCUUGCGGUAUUUACAUCACACGUACGUGUUAAACUCAAAAGAUGAAAACUGGUUGGGGCCAGAAGACGAGCCGCUGCAGGGCUUCGGUUGGCGCGGCGGUUCCGAACGACACACCACCGGCCUCCUGCUUUGGUCACAGCCCUUCAAAGCCACACUCGAGAACGGAGAGAAGGUGGCGAUAUUCCUGAUGGACACACAGGGCACAUUCGACAGUGAGUCUACGGUGCGAGAUAACGCGACUGUGUUCGCGCUCUCCACCAUGAUAUCCUCAGUACUCAUAUAUAAUCUGUCGCAGAACAUAGAAGAGGAUGAGUUGCAGCAUUUACAGCUGUUCACAGACUACGGGCGCGUGGCGCUGGAGAAGACGGAGGGCAAGCCAUUCCAGCAUCUUCAGUUCCUAGUGCGCGACUGGAGCGUACCUUACGAGUACCCGUACGGACUGGAAGGUGGAAUGAAACUAUUGGAGAAGAGACUCGAAGUUCAUGAGAAUCAACAUGAGGAGUUGAAGACGUUGCGGCGGGAGAUCAGGUCGUUCUUCAGCCAGUUGUCCUGCUUCUUGCUGCCACAUCCCGGCAUGAAGGUCGCCACCAGCAAGGAGUUUAACGGAAAAUUAACAGAUAUAGACGAAGAAUUUAAGAAAUGUUUGAAAGAGUUGGUUCCGUAUAUCUUGGGACCUAAGAACUUGCAGCCGAAAGUGUUGUCUGGACAGACGCUGAAGGCCAAGGAGCUGUUGUACUACAUCAAGGCAUACAUGGAGGUCUUCAAUGGAACAGAACUGCCGGUGCCGCAAACUAUUCUCGAGGCGACGGCGCAAGCUAACAACCUAUCCGCAGUGUCGGAGGCGCGGGAGGUGUACGAGGCCCUGAUGGAGGAGGUGGCGGGGGGCGCGCGGCCCUACCUCCCCCCAGACAGGCUCGCGGAGGAGCAUCGCCGAGCUCGAGACAAGGCCCUGCACUGCUUCCAUAACAAGAAGAAGAUGGGCGGAGAAGCCAAGUCGGAGACCUACCGGGAACAGUUGGUUCAGGAACUGGAAGAACAAUUCGAUCGUCUGCGAGCGCAGAAUGAGAGCAAGAGUCUGUUAAAUAUAAUUGGGUCGGGUGUUGUGUUCGCCGCACUGCUCGUUGCGGGUUGCGCGCUGAGCAUGCUCGGGGACGCGCUCGCCUUCACCAUACUGGAGGUGCUCGGACAAGCGCUCGCCUUACUGUCGCUAGGAGCACUCGCCGUUUGGAUGUAUAGCAGAUACACAGGUCACAUGCGAGAAGCUAGCGAAGUAUUGGACGAGUUUGCAAUCACUUUAAGGAAUUACGUGUUACAAAAUUUAUCGCCUUCGGGUAGACUGCCAGCUGGAGUUACUACCACAGACAAUCAUAAAAGAGACUAGGGAUCGUCCAUUAAUCACGUAAAACUCGAAAAAAAGGGGGGAUUCCGAAAAAACACGAAACAUGACGAGGAAUGGGGGCUAAAAUAUCACGUGUAUUUAUUUUCUGACUGAUGACGGAACAUUAAUGAAUAAACAUUUUGAUAAUGUCUUUCUAAUUACUAAUAAAAAUACACGUAAUUUUCGAAGUGUCCUAAAAAAAAUCACGUGUUUAAAUGGACGACCUGGCCUAAAGGCAGUGCCAAAAACGAUGUACAUUGUAAAUUAUAACGUUUUUAAAAAAAAACUUAUUGUUAUUUGUAUUCUUUGAUCCUCUUGUUAUAAAACUGGAUUAAAUAUUUAAAAACAAAACUAACGCUUGGGAUAAAGGACUUGUUUAUAUAAUAAAAGAACGAAGAAUAAAAUAAGAAUUUUAUUAUAUAUUACAUUAUCAAUCCAUUAACAACUAAACCGAAACCAAUUUACGGACGCGUCAAAACGUCCCGCGCGGACGCCGCCAUCUUGUCGACUCACGACAACAUGGCGGCGUCGGUUAUUAAAACUGUUCCAAUAUUACAAUUAUUGUCAUCACGGGCGUAAUAUAACAAAAUAGUUAAAACUGAUUUAAAAUAUGAAAAUAAACAGUUAAGGAAAAAUUAACUUCGACAUCUGGAACGAAAAUUUCUUUUAUUGACAAAAAAUUAAUCUAAUCCAAUCUGGGAUUUAGAUUGUAAUUUUUCUUUUUUUAUAUGUGUUUGAAUCUUGUAAUCAGUUAUUUCCGAUCUUAGUCCACUUAAAUAUGGCACUAAAGGCAAAGUGAGACGAAAACGAGAUAGACGUACCAGUAACCAAUAACAAUACCUACGAUUUUAGAUUUUUUUUUUAAAUAUUUCUGACAACAAUUGUGUAAACUUUCUAACGUAGUGGUCAAACUGUCUGCCAAUACGAU